AUGCCUUCAUCUAAAGAGUUGCCGCCUUCAACGGCUCCCUUCUUCCCCAAUCAGUUCAUUAAGAAUCAAUUCUGUUCCAAGCCUCAGUAUCCUCCCAAAGACACCGAUCUGUCCGGCAAGGUUGCUAUUGUUACAGGCUCAAAUACUGGGUUGGGGUUUGAAUGCGCGAGACAGCUUCUCUCCUUCAAAAUUUCUCGAUUGAUUCUUGCCGUCCGCACUGCAUCCAAAGGUGAAGAUGCGGCGAUCAAGCUGCGAAAACAGUAUCCCAAUGCCAUAAUAGAAGUAUGGCUGUUGGAUAUGAGCUCAUACGAGUCCGUCCAAGCCUUUGCAACAAGGGCCGAGAAAGAGCUUUCUCGACUGGAUAUUGCCAUCUUGAAUGCCGGCAUCACUGGGUCGAAAUUCAAGAUCGUUCCCAGCACUGGGCAUGAGGAGGCCUUGCAGGUCAAUUACUUGUCAACGAUUCUCCUCGCCAUCCUCCUGCUCCCAGUUCUGAAAGCAAAGUCACCGGCUGGCGUACCUGGACGAUUGACAAUUGUCACGAGCAUGCUCUCAAUUACAGCGAAGUUCGCCAACAAGAACGCCAACCCACUAUUGCCUUCGUUCGAUGACCAGAAAAACUUCGAUUUCAUGGACAAUUAUCCAAAGACGAAAUUAUUGGGACAACUGUUCCUCUGGAAGUUGACGGACCUGGUUUCAAGUGAUGACGUUAUCGUCAACAUGGUGGAGCCUGGCUAUACUAAAGGCACCGAGCUCCAGCGAGACGCGCCUGUUGCCGUGAAAGCGACUCUGUAUCUGCUGCAAGCUGUGUCAGCAAGAGAUGUCAAGCUAGCUGUGUCGACGUAUCUUGACGCUGCUAUUAUCAAGGGAAAGGACUCACACGGAGGCAUUCUGAUGAAUUGGGAGAUAGCGCCGUAUGCUCCUUUUGAGUACACAAAAGAGGGGCGAGAGGUUAUGGGGCGACUUUGGGAGGAGACCAUCAAGGAGCUUGGCCCAAUGGGUGUGAGUGAAGUUCUAAAGUCACUGUGA